AUGUUGAAAACCAGAUGCAUCGCUCUUUUCGCAUUCAUUUUUACCUAUUUACAUGCAACUCCCCUUUGUCGUACAGCUGUUGGUGAUAAAGCUACAGCAACAUUUAAAAAACUUAAUGGUGCAACUACAUUCGAACAAAUUACUGAAGACACUUUAUCCGUUAAUGGAGUACUCAAUAAAGGCAUUGAUGAAAAUUCACCUGAUGAUUACUUUAUAGACAUUAAUGGAAAUAAAGCAUCAUUUGCCCAGCUUGGUAUAUCUAUUAACUCACCUAAAGCCGGUCUCUGGAGUGCAACAAGCAGUGGAGAUAUUGAAGAAUUAAUUGAUUUAAAUAUGGCUAUUUACCAUAAUGAUGAUAUUAUUGAUGAUCCGUUGAUCGUUAAAGAAUAA